AUGGAUUCUUUUUCAGAUUCUGGAGAAUUAUACCUAAUAAGAUAUCAAUUCUAUACAAAUCAACAUGAAAAAGUAACAAAUUAUAAUUUAGAAGAUUUUUCACCUGAAAAUCAAUUAAAAGUCCUUGAAUAUAUAAUAAGAUCAACAAUUGAAUUAAAUUUAGAUGCUUCAAAUUUAAUUGAAAAUGGUAGAAGUAUAUUUCCAGAUGAUUUAAAUGUUUUUCAAGUAUUACAAGCAUGGAAUGAUUUACAUGAUUUUGGAACAGAUGAUUCAACAUAUUUUGAAGAUUUAAAAGAAGCAAAAUUUGAAUUACAAGCUAUUUUAACAACUUUUUAUUUAGUUAAAUUUGAAAAAGAUUUAAAUCAAGCUAUAAUUUUUUUAAAUGAUUAUUUAGAAAAUUUAAAUAUUUCAACAAAAUAUAAUGAAAUUGAAAUAUAUUUAAUUUUAAUUCAAUUAAAUUUAAUCAGGGGAAAUUAUUCCAACGUUAAAAAAAUUUUUAUGCAAUUAAAUCAAUUUCCUGAAUUUGUUAAAGAUAAUAUUAUAUAUCAAAUUAUUGAAAGUUGGGUAAAAUCAAUUCAAAAUGGUAAUGAAAAUUUAAAUAAUUGUUUUUAUUUUUAUGAUGAAAUUUUAAAUAAUUCUUUUAAUGAUGAUGAUAUAAAGGGAAAAAUUCAUAAUUUAAUUAUUUUAUUUAUUUUAAAUUUACAAUUAAAACAUUAUCCUGAAUCUCAAGAAAUUUUAAAACAAAUUGAAAAUAUAAAAUUAGACUAUGAACAAUUGUCAAAAGAAAAUGAUAAUAAUAACUCAAUUAAAUUUAAAGAUGAUGAAUUGGAUAAUUUAUUAGCUAAUCAAAUUACUUUAGAUAGAUUAAUUAAUUUUGGUAAUGAAAGUGAAAAAUUAUUAGAAGAAUUAAAAAAAAUUAAUGGAGAACAUGAAUUAAUUAAAGAUGAAGCUUCCAAAAAUGAAUUAUUUGAUUCAAUAGUUACAAAAUAUCAAACUACAGCUGUUUAG